AUGAAAGUCAAAGACGUUAACAGAACAGCAAAUAUUGCAUGGAGUCCUGCACCUCAGUACCCAAUCUACUUAGCAGCAGGAACGGCUGCCCAGCAGCUUGAUGCUACAUUCAGGUAUAUACCAUAAUUUAUAUCCCAACUAAAAUUGGUUUGUGGAUCACUUUAUACUUGGUAGCAUGUUCUUUGGUAAGGAUUUGGAAAAUCAAAGAGUAGUGAUAUUAAACAAAAAGAAAAAAAAUAAAGGGUUUGAUUUUAAACAAGAUAUGUUCCUAUCAUAUUACUGUUAUUGUGGGUUGCAAGUUGUUAAAGACAUUUUUGUAUACCAAAAAUCUAUUAGUUGUGUUUGAAACGUGAAAGACCAAAAAAAGGGACCAAGAGAAAAUUUGAAAAUGAAAGAUGAAAUGACUUGUGGAGAAUUUGAAUUUUUUUAUAUGAAAAUGGGUCUUUGUUGGCUAAUAGGGUAUCUUUGACCCUAAAUCCAAAUAUUUUCACUCCUGUGAGGAAUAACUUCAAGAAUAUUAAGUGGAGCAGGAUUUGUCAAACUUAAUUAGUAAAACUUGGAAAACUGACACCAUGUAAAAUGACCAUUGUUUAGUCAAGACAGCGAAGGGAUUAUGUACAUAGGGAUAAAAAUUCAUGAAGUUAUUGUCAAAAACCUGAGAACUAGCAUCAGUGAAGUUUCACUGCAUCAGCAAAAUUAAUAUACAUGCUGUAAGGAUUUUUAUCUUUUCAAUAUAGCAUAGGGUAUUAAGCUUCAAGGGGUGUUAAAAAUUAAUUGCGCAAAAAUCCCUUUGUUUCCUUCUUUCAAGAUGCUUGAAACUCAUUUUGAGCACCUCAAAACUUGACUCAAAACUCGACUUAAGCCUUGAUCCUAGAAGUUUAACCCUUUAACUCCCAUGAGUGACCAAAACAGAAUUUCUCCUUACAAUAUCAAUACAAUAUCAACCCAGCAAGUGGUGAGAAUAAAGAAAGCUAUCAAUAUGGGGAUAAUUAGUCGAUCCAAUACAAAAUUCUCUGAACUAACAUUAUAAGAAUUGUAUGGUUGGCAGUAAGGAGAAUUACAAAUUUGGUCUGGGAGUUAAAGGGUUAAGAGAAUCGAGGAUUGUGUUUUGAGGGAUUGUCAACUUACUGUUGAGUGGUACUGUACAACCCAUGCAAGAUGUUAGAAAAUGUGAGAAACCCUGCCUUUAGUUAAAUUCUCACAUAUAUUUGUAAUUUACCCUGUUUUAGCACCAAUGCUGCUCUUGAGAUAUUUGCCCUUGACCUGUCAAGUAGUGAUACAGCGAUGCCACUCAGAGGAACUGUGGCAUCAGAACAAAGGUGAGCUCAUACACAGUUCAAGGUCCAAGAGCUGUGAACAUCAUCACGUUUUGUACCCUCACUGAUGCCAUGAUUUUUCUGUCUAAUCUUUUAAACCUUUAUGUUCAUAAGACAUCAGAGACUAGAGAAUUCACAAGCUAAUACUCAAAAUGUUUUAGCUAAAUUUUGAUGUCCUGGGCUAUUUUAUACUUUGAUGCAGAGAAUGGUCUCAUGUUACUUUACACUAUUCCCUGCUACCACAUUCUUAUGAAAAUUACCAUGCUUUAAAAUGAAUCAAUUUGGAAGUUGCUUAGGGUUAGGCUCUUGUGGUCUUGAACUGGAAGCUAAGUGUUCUUAACUCUUUAACUUACAUGAGUGUCCAAGACACAACUUCUCCUUACAAUAUCAAUACAACAUUGAGCAGAAAAGUGAUAAGAAGAAAGAAAAUAUCAAUUAGGGGAUUAGGAGUUGAUUUCAUAUCAAAUUCUUCAAACUAACAUCACAAGAAUAGUAUGGCAGACAGGAAGGAGAAUUAUUAGUGAGAUCAUGGGAGUGAAAGGGUUAACAUCUUAUUGGCUAAUGAGAAAAAAAACACCCAGUGAAUUGCACAAUUGGACAAGAAAUUCCAGUUCUGUAGUCCCCACUAUCUGUGGUGCUUUGAAAAAGGAUCACAACUCUGGAAAAGGAUAAUUUACAGCAUAUAUUCAAACAUUCUUUGGCAAUCUUGCAGUAUUUGCUUACUGGCCAUCACAGGUUAGGAUGUAGAAUAGUAUUGUGUUAUCACAAUACUAUGAUCUUUCAUGUUCUGUAGAAAAUCACUCAGUUGCUAAACUUUUUCCUUUGAGGUUCCACAAACUGGUGUGGGGACCCCAUGGUAUGGAAUCAUCCAGUUCAUCGUCAGGCCUUUUGAUUGGUGGAAGUGACAAUGGGGUGAUCAGUAUCUAUGAUCCAACUAAGAUUUUAUCUGGAGAUAUUGAUGACUGUUUGGUUUUUCAAUCAACUAAACAUACAGGUACUAUACCCAAACUUUUGCAAGUCACAGUAAACUUUUUUUAAAAUUUUUAUAUGAAAGCAUACUCAGUUGCCAAAAAAAUGAUUUUUAUGCUUUACAUUUUUUCAAUCAGGACCUGUGCAAGCUUUGGACUUCAACCCAUUUAAGACAAGUCUGUUGGCAUCUGGAGCAAGUGAUUCUGAAAUUUACAUCUGGGACUUGACAAACCCCACCAACCCUCUUACACCAGGAAGUAAAACUUUACCACCAGAUAACAUCAGUUGUGUAGCAUGGAACAGACAGGUGCAACACAUCUUAGCCUCAGCUUCUCCCUGUGGCCGCUGUGUUGUGUGGGAUCUGAGGAAGAAUGAACCAAUUAUUAAAGUCAGUGAUCAGAGUGCAACAGUAAGUAGCAAGAAUCAUAUAGAGUUAAAUUUACCGUAUACACCUGAAUCCAAUGACAUUGUCAUUUAAACCACUCUAUCUAUCAGAUUUUGAUUUUUUUUAAGAGUUAACUACAUGUUUAUGUUGUAGAUUCGAUGCAAAGCAGUUGAAUGGCAUCCAGAUGUGGCAACUCAGAUGAUUUUAGCUUCAGAAGAUGAUAGAUAUCCAGUUAUUCAGGUUUGUAACAUAGUUAUUUGACUCUAGAAAGUUAUUUGAAACAACUGAAAUAUUUCAGGAAUGUUUGUAGUGUCAUUUCCAUAAAUUACAGUAAUUAUAGUUACCUGUCAUGCUAACAACUUUCCUUUAUCUCCUAUUUUGUCUGUUUCUUUGCACAAUAAACUUCUGGGAUCAUUUCCAGUGUUCACAUUUCUGAUUCUGACAGUAACAUUGUAACAUUCUAACACACCUUUUUAUAAUGUUUUUAUAUACAUGUUAACCCUUUGACUUGUUAGAGUUACUAGCAUCUAAUUCCUCCUUAUAAUGCAACUCCUGAAUCACACAUUAAGGUCUCAAGAAAUAACAGAAAUGAUCACCAACUAAACAAGCAAAUCAAGUUUUCCUUGUCAGCACCCUAGGAAAUGUGUGUAUGGAGAGUAUACAUACUGAUGUAGGGGUGUAAAGGGUGCAACCAGGGUACAUCUUCUUAGUGACUGUUUUUCUUUUGCAGAUGUGGGAUCUUCGAUUUGCUACGUCUCCCAUGAAGGUGCUUGAGGGACAUCAGAGGUAGGCACCUACGUGUACUUUGUUGGGGUUAUCCCUUUAACUCCCAAUGUCCCAUUGUUAACUCUCCCCUCUUACUGCUCCAUUUCCCUUGUGAAUUGAUUACAAUAAUCUGGGGUCAAAUCAAGAAAACAGCUUCUACUUGAUAAGUUUGAGAAUUCUCAUUACCUGUUUGCUCAAUAAUGUAUGGAUAUCAUGUAUUUAUGGGCUUAUUUUCAUGCAAUAAGAUGAACUGUCUUAUUGAUCAUCUAAUACUAGUUAAGAUCUAUGCUUUGUGGAUUUUUCAAAUGUCAGUAUUGAUGCCAACCUGAAUUAAAGGAUUUUUUAUGCCUCUGACUUAAAAGAUUAAACAAGAUAUGUUCCUAAACCCUAACACUAGCUACUAUCUAAGCCCCAGGUACUGCAAAUUAUCUUGAAAUAAUAUAAUCAUGUUUUAUCAUUGUUGAUGGUAUUGUUGGUUAUGUUAUCAGGGGAAUCCUGUCAAUAGCUUGGUGCCCACAAGAUCCUGACUUACUCAUGAGUUGUGCAAAGGUGAAUUACCCUCAUUCUCUCUUCUGAACUUAGCAAGCUUGAAAUUAGAUGAUCUCUUUUGUUAGUUAUAAUAUUAAUCAUGGUUACAGCAUCUUCAAUUACAUCUUACUUAAUCAUUAUAACUGUGUGCAACUAAUCUCAAAGUAUUUUUUAUAAAUGAACCCUCUGAAGUUACAUCAAGGUCUUAGAUAUAUUUCUAUGAAUACUGUGGUAAAAUGCUAACUUUUUUCAUUGAAGUAGAUAAAAGCCUCAGGUGCUUUUGAUUCUGCCUUUUGUGGUAGGAAAUAUUUUUGCACUAAUUAUGUGUACUUCCCCUGUAAUCUAUCUAAGGUUCAUGUAUAUACUUACUGAUAAUAUUUGGCUGCCCUCUGUUAGGACAACCGUAUCCUUUGUUGGAAUCCUAAUACCCAAGUUGCAGGAGGAGAGGUACAAUAAUUAUUUUUAUUGAAAUUUUAUUAAGGAUUGUAAUGAUAUUUUGCAUAGUCCCAUUUACUUUUUUAUUAUUUGAUUUAUUUGCAUUGACACUGCCUGUGACGGAACCUCGAAUGCUGUUGUGUACUUCUAGAUUGUUUAUGAGUUGCCGACUACAGCUCAGUGGAGUUUUGAUGUUUCUUGGUGUCCAAGGAACCCUGCUAUGGUGUGUACUACAUCUUUUGAUGGGCACGUCAGCGUGUUUUCUCUCAUGGGUGGAAGUGCCUCUGGACAAGAUAUUCAACAACAAAAAGUGAGUGCCAUCAAAUUGAAGUCAGUUACAAGUCGAGUUACCAUCUCACUCAGUCAUUCACACACACCACUCUCUAACCCUUCAACCUCUAAAAAAGACUAACAUCUAAUUUCUUCUUACAAUAUCACCCUGAAUCACAUGUUAAGGUCAUGAGAAUAAAGGAAAUGAUCAUGAACUAAAGAAUCCCUUGAUUGUCAAACAAAUUCUCCUUGUUGCACCCAAAGAAAUUUCUCAAGAACAAUAUGGAGAAUAUGCAUAUGAAUGUUAGUGUGUAAAAGGGUUAAGCUUGUUUUGAACUAAGGUCAAAACCAUUAUUUGUGCAAUGUUCAUUUAUAUACAAUUGCUUAUCAUUGAAUCUUUGAAAUGGGGUCUCUGUAUUAAAAAAAAAAUCCUUUUGUGUUGUAGGUGAUGAGUUCUUUUGAUGUGGAUGACCCAUUUAUGUCUCAAAUCCAUCAAGCUCAGCAACAACAACAACUGCAGCAACAGAAAACGGCAGCAACCAGUGCCCCCUUAAAAAAGCCUCCAAAGUGGCUGCGUAGGCCUUGUGGAGCCACAUUUGCUGUGAGUUGCUAUGAUUUGGCACAUACCUGAGUGCAAAAUUUGUUUAAUGAUGUCCACCACAAUUCAAUAGAAUGGAGAACAGUAUUUUUUUUACUGCACACAUGCAAUGAUCAAUUUUGUUGGAUUUUUGAUGUACAGCAUACCUGCACUUUCACAAGCUUACAUAUAAAAGGCUUGCAGAAAGUCUCUUCACUUCAACAAUGUUUUUCUCUUUUAGUUUGGUGGAAAGCUGAUAACUUUUGGGUAUUCAAAAGAAUCACCGUCUAGUCAGGUUUGUCAAAAGUCAUGCAAGACCACAAUAGCAAACAUGUUUUUAGGAACCCCUGUAUUCCAAAUUUUCUUGAAGCCCUAAUAUAAUUAGUUAUCAAACAAUGCAAAUUCAUAGGUGUGAUAAAAGCGGGGAAAAAAGUAUUUUGACACUAUCAUGUUACAAACAUAAUCCAGAUGAGCAAGUAUAAAAGCCAUCAAUAAAAUCAACACACUGCAAGUGUCAUAUUUAACAAUUGGUUCACUGUUGUUCUUACCACAUUUUUAUGUCUUCUGCAUGACCCAUUCAUGUAUUUGAGAUAUGAAGCAUAGGAUAGAGAGGAAGUUUGGAGAGCACAAAGAUGGCAUUGCUCGAUAUAUCCAUAGCUUAGUCCAACUAAGUAAGAGCUAAUCAAAAGACUUUGUAAACCCUUGGAGAAACAAAGGUUUUGUUUGCUCUCCCAUAAACAACUUAAUGUUCUCCUCAGCCAUGCAAUUUUUUUGAUUUCCUGAUUUGAUUGUGAACAAAAGUAUUGUUUGGUUUGUUAGGUCAACAUAAGUCAGGUUACAACAGAACAGGAACUAGUAGGCAGGUCUCAUGAAUUGGAGGGAGCACUUGCUUCAGGAAGUUUCAUGCAGUAUUGUAAUGCCAAGGUGGAGAGCAGUACACAGGAGUUGGAGCGAACACUGUGGAGUUUCUUGAAGGUGAACAGUUGUUGAGACAGAACAGUAUUUACAUCAUUAACUUGUGUAGAAAACUAUCAUGGAAUAUUUUCAUGAUAAGAUGCUUAAUGAUUUACAGAUUAAAUUAUAAAGAGGGAGCUGAAAGAACAAGGACAAUCUAAGGACUGUUCAAAAUUAUUUGCACCUCAUCCAGAUCACUUAAAUCUUGAUAAAGGAAGUUAAUACCUUCAAGUCACAAGAUCUGAUUUUUAAUUUCUCUCUUCUAGCUGCCAUGUAUUUCCUUGUAAAUUGGUAACAAGAAUUUUGUGUCAGAUCUAGACAACAACUUGUACCUGAUAAGUUUGAGUAUGUUCUUUACCUGUUCUCUGGAUGAUGUACAGACAUCAUGGGAGUUAAUUUGAUUAUUAAGCCCGCGAGCACAUUCCAUUGAACUUCACGACAUUCAUCUGUUGAUGAGUAGACAAAUUGUUAGUAAAAUUGGUUUCUACUAAAUUGCUUUUCUUCCAGAUACAUUACCAAAAUGCUUAAACAAAGAUAAACAAAUAUUUGAAACUACAACACAACCUUUAAUAUCUCAUCAGUAUUCAUUGGUCUUUCUGAUCUAUGCAGAUAAACUUUGAGAGAGAACCUCGCAGACAUUUCCUAACACUUCUGGGUUAUGAUCCAUUGGAGCUAUCAAAAAAGGUACAAAGGUUAAGGCAUGUGUAGAUGUAUAUGUUUGUAAAUGGUUUGAGUUUCCCUGUGUUCAUUAGUUCAGAGUAUUUUAUACUCUUGAGUAGAUAAAGACACCGCUAAAUAAAAGUGUCCUGGACCCGGUUCUUGGUGAGGUAGUGGUACUACAUUGCUUUGAUGGCUGUGUGUGAGAAUUCUAUUUUGCCCUCUUAUUCAUUGUUGUGAUGUCUUCUUGUGUGGACAGGUGGCCUCAUCUCAUACAUCGUCAGCCUCAAGUAGCACACAAGGAGGUGUUAAUGCUGAAGAAUUAGUUCAAAAGAUGAAGCUGUUGAGCACAGGGGUAUGAGUCUUUAUUUCAUUUUACAUAAGAUAUAGGAGCUGUCUGUACAGUCAGUUGUUGAGACAAUGCAUAGAAGAAGGAUUGAGUAGAGAAGUCAUUACUGUUUAAAAAGACAAUAGUACUUAAGCCAAAGGGAUUCACUGAAUCAUAAAGUUAUAGUAGUCAAACUGAUCAAUUAAAACAAUUUCCCAGAGAUUGUUGUUGUUGUUGUUGUUUUUUUGGCAUCACCAAGGUAACUGCUCAUGGAAAUGCUAUAUAGCUUUACUCACAUAUCGUGUCUUGCCUUACAUUACAGGAAGCAAGUGGGAAAACAGGGGAAGGUGUGUUUUCUAGUGGAGCAAGUACCCCCUCAGUAGCAGAAUCCAAGGUAUGAUCCUUUCAGCUGUUGCACAUUGGCUACAAAGCAAACAGUGUUCUAAGCAUUGCAGUGUAACUCUUUAUAGUGUGCCUGAUUUAUUCGUACAAAUUUGGAGAAAAGUUGUUAUAAGUGAUCAUGGAUCACCUUUAUGUCAAUACAUAGGCCUCUUGGAAAAGUAAGACUACUACUAUGAUUCAUGUAGUAACAAACAAUGGAAUUAACUUAAAUAUUAUUUGCAUCUCUUCACUAAUGGGAACAAAAUCAAUUAAUGAGAAAAUUUUGUGUAUUUCCUAGUGUGCAUGAGCUGAUAGAUGUUAGUACCUUACAUCAUUUAAGAAAAUAUUACCUUGUUUCUGUAUGGACUCCACCUGAAACAUUUACCUUGCAAAGUCAUAUUCAAUCAGCAGUUUUGUAUGUUUCAGACUCCAUUGUCCGAGGCUGGAAGUUUAAAUGAAGGUGCUGCAGCCUUUGAUGCUAUUGCUGCUGGAGGUCCAUUAUCAGUGGACACAGGGUCUGAGAUUGGUUAGUGAGCUCAGUUCUAUUAAGUCUUGAAAGUUCUAGUAGGUUCAGGUCUUCAAUGUAGAUAAUUUUGAAAUGCAAACAAUCAAAUUUUACGAAUGAAUUAGCUUGGAUUGUUUUACCUGCUGAGAUCUAAACUACUAUUCCCUAGAUAAAGGUUUUAAAGGGUGAUUUUUGGGCUUGAAAGUUACCUGGACUUGUAACAAGUCAACUUCUGUGCAUUCACUAUUUUGAUGUAAUUUUUGGAUUGUGGUAUGCAGUGUUAUUUCUGUUUCUUCAGUUCUUCAGGUAAUAAAUUUUGUUGCUUCUAGGAGUUAGUGAAGCUGUGAAGCCACGACUACCUUUCCAGAUACCUACAGAUGAUGGUGAGAAUACUGCAGUCUGCUUAGUAGGACUACAUGUAUCUUUGUUGAGUCUUCUUGCUCUAACCCUGUAAUUUGAAAUUAGUUCCAGUGACUAAUGCAGGAUAUGACUUCUCAUCCAGAUACUGAUGGUCUCAUCACUCAAGCACUCCUAACUGGAAAUUUUGAAGCAGCUGUUGAUGUGUGUCUUCAUGCUGAUAGAAUGGCUGAUGCCUUCCUUCUUGCUAUUGCUGGUGGUCCAGAUCUUUUGGCCAGAAUACAAACAAGAUACUUUGAGAAGAGCAAGAGUAAUGUUGCGAGGGUAAAUUUUGUUUAUCAGUUUUAUGAACCAUGCUAUGUAAGGAACGCUUAAUAAGGAUUAUGCUAAUCCAUUACAAUGAUCUGUAUGUUCCCUUUCAGCUGAUGUCAGUUGUUGUAAAUCGUGACUGGCGCGACAUAGUUGAGAGCUGUGUGUUGGAAAACUGGCGAGAAGCACUUGCAGCUCUUGUGACCUAUGCCAAAGCUGAAGAGUUCACUGCCCUGUGUGAUCUGCUUGGACAAAGAUUGGAACAGGAAGGUGAUGAGCACUGUGCUAAUGCCAUGGUCUGCUACAUUUGUGCUGGAAAUGUGGAGAAGUUUGUGUCCUGUUGGUAAGUGUAAGAAUAAAACAAACUUCCCCCUCAAUCUGUUUGAAAAUGGUGUGGCUUCCUUGGUUUCCUGUAGUUUCACGCUUUUAACUCCUAAGAUCUGAUUGUUACAUCUUAUUCUCCCCACUAGCUGCUACACAUUUCUUUGUAAACCAGUUACAAGAAUUUGGUGUUAGAUCAAGAUAACAACUUCUACCUGAUAAGUUUGAGUAUUCUCAUGACCUGUUUGCUGGAUAAUGUAUGGAUUUUAUAGGGAAAAGUUACAUGUUGGUCGCUUCUGGGAAUGAAUGGGUUUAAAAAGUCAUAAGGGUGGAUCAACAUUUCAUUGAGCGUGACCUUUCCCAAAAAUUUUCCUUCUAUAAUCUUUUGAGUGAUUGAAGUGUGCCUCUGGUUUGAUGAGAUAAAUGUACUAUUCUUAGUUUUUUCGGUCUGCUAAUUUGAACUAGGUUACAUUUGUUUGGGGAGUCAUUUACUAUUUAAUUUAAUAGUUCUUUUUUAUCUUGUAAUAGACAUCACAUGUGUUGUUUCAUACUUUUCAUUGGUAAUUAUGUUUCAGUUAAACCAGCUAGAUUAACUGCUGUGCUAAGUUCAUCUGUGUUUAUUUUAUGUUUCAGGUCUAGAAACAUGCCAGCUGAACCUUCUCCCCUUGCUCUUCAAGUAGGUUCUUUAUUUUUUUUUAUUCUCCAAACUGGUCAUUGCUUGCUGUCAGUCUGUCACCAUAAAAUGCUGCUGGAUUUAAACAUGCAGUUUUUUUUCUGUUAUUUCUCUAUGUAGGAUUUGAUUGAAAAAGUCAUGAUAUUAAAGAAAGCUGUGGAGAGGGAACGUCGACUUUUGAUUGACAGUGGAUCAUCUGUUCUUGCGGAAAAACUCAGGUAAAGGAAUCUCAGAUUGUUAAAAUGUCAUGUGUCACCUAUGAAGCUUCUUGAUAAGGGGUGAAACUAUCACAUAAAUGUGUGAAAUAUUCAUUACCAUGAGUAUGUCAAUGUGAUCAGCUGGCUUGAGAAUAAGUAAUUGAUGUAGCCAGAUCUCUUUUUAGCAAUAUCUACUAUGUGAUUACAGUUAUAGGUAUGAUUAAGAGCAGGCAGAGUAUGGGAAAAUUUUUUAAUUCUUUUCACAAAGUGUAUUGGUGUUAAUUAGCAUCACACUCUCCUCUGCCAGUUAACUAUUUACUGCACAUGUCUCAUGUAUAUUCAACAAUAUUAUACUGGUGAUGGAUUAUUUACAGAUACCUUUUUGAUUGUGCCUGUUUAUAAUUUUUCAUGUACAGUAAAUAUGCAGAGAUUUUAGCAUCUCAGGGAUGCUUGGAAACGGCCAUGGGUUACUUGAUGACUGUAAAUGAUCAGGUAAAUUGUAAGACUAUACAAGGAUAGGUUUUUAGAUUAGGUCAUUAGUAUACCUGCAGACAGUGAUAAAAAUUAGUUUCCAAAAAGUUAGGUCAGAGAACCAAAGAACAUUCUAUCAAAUAGCAAAGUGAGAAGCAACUAAACAAUCCAUUAGUUGGGAUUUAUAAAAUCUUUGUAAAUAACAACAAGGGUAUCAGGGUCAGUAAAGCAUUCAAUUUCCAAAGGUGAAAUGGAUGUAUACAGGUCAGACUAAUUACAGGUCGCUAACCAUUGAACCACUAAGAUCUGAUUUUGAGUUCUCUCCAAGCUGCUACACUUUUUCAAGAAAAUUAGUUAGCAGAAUUUGGUGUUAGAUCAAGAUAACUUAAACCUAAGUUUGAGUAUUCUCAUUACCUGUUUUCUGGAUAAUUUAUGGAUAUUAUUGGUAGGAGUAACAUAUUACACUUAUGGGAGUAAAAAGGUUAAUCCUGAUGGUUGGUUUUCAGGCAAGCCUGGGCGUGCUUAAGGAUCGCCUGUACACUGCACAGUAUCCAAGUCAUCUUGCUACUGCUACAGCUCCACCACCAUUCCCAUUCCAAAGGAUUGAUGUCCAAGCAGAACCUCUCCCUCAGGUUCAGAAUCAAGCUCAGGUUAGCUAAAACAGCCAUUAUGAAUUCUUUCUAUACCUUAUGAAUUCAUGUGAUGCCUUUUUGUGUAUCUUAGACAUGAAGUAGUCUGUAUUUUCUCUUGCCGGCAGCAAAUACAACUAAAUUUUUAUACUUGUUAUGGUUCUUGAAAAGAAAUCUUACAAAGAUUUGCUGUCUUAAGUAGCUAAACACUUAAUUUGAGUGAUAUUUCUCAAGUGGAAAAUAAGCAUUUGGUGUUAUUUUUUAAAAAUCAUAUAGAAAAAAGAAGCGAUUUUUAAAAACGUUUUCUUUUUGUGAAUGAGAAUAAAUAUUUUCCUACAGUUUUUUCAAUCCCUCUUUCUUCCAUUUCAGUUUCAACAACAGCAAAGUUAUGGUGUCCCUGCACAACAGCGACAACAACAGCCGCAACAGCUCUACCAACCACAGCAGCAGCAACCCUCACCAGUAACUACACCUACUUAUCAACCAUCAAUGCCACCACAAAACACUCAGUUCUACAAUCCAGUUGCUUACCAACCACAGGUAUCCCAACUACCUUCGGUCUCUCAGCCAUCUUUUAACCAGCCUCCUCCUCCUCCUGCCUCUCAGACAACUUACUACAGUGGCCCACCACAGCCAUCACCCACUUCCAAUCAGCAGCAGGCUUCAUGGUCUCAAAAUCCACCAGUAUCAAUGUAUCAACCACAAUCUACCAACACUACACCAACACAAGUGCCUACACAGGCCCAGUAUAGUACUCAGAUGCAAAUGAAAGGUCCACAACAGCAGCAGCCUCCAGUGCAGAUUUUCAAUCCUGGUAGUUCAGUCACUCCUGGUGCACCGUAUUCAGGCCCUUCCCUAACUGGAGCCCCUCCAGUUGGUCCUCCUUCACAAGGACCUUCUGUGCCCCCUCCUUCUACUGGUCCACCUCCAACUGGUAUGCUUACUAGCCUCAAUUUGUUUUUGUUUUUGUAUGUGUGUGUUUUAUCAGUAAAAUAUUUUUCAUGACAUGGUUAAUCCUUCUACCUCCUGGGAUCUGGAGGUCAAUAAUCCCAACUAAGACCAUGCAUUUAUUUUUAAUUGCAACUCCCACCAGUUUGACACUACAGGGUAUGUCUAAAUUACAUCUCCUUGUCGAUAUUCCUUUUUAAAUUCUCAUUACGUAUCUGGUUAGCAACAUUUCAAAAGUGUAGGGAGAAUUUAACCGUUAAUCCCUCCAGGGAGUCAGAUAUCAAAAGGGUAUUACUAGAAUAAAAUUACCAAUACGUUCUUUGUCUGUACUGCCAUGCAAAUCGAACGGCAUAUUUCAAUUGUAUCAAGCAUUUCCUUAGUGAUACGCUUACAACAGAAAGGCAACUUAAGUUUUUGUUGGUUUUUUUUGUUUUUUUUUUCACUCAUUUUUUGCACCAAGAGUUAAUUCUGAAAGAAAUAAGCUGCACCCUAGAUUCGUAGACGGUUUUGAAAAAAAAUCCAGUUGGGUUAUUAAUAACAUUUAUUACGGGCUGAUUUAGGAAGGAAAGGUAACACUUUUCUGUAUAGGUUAAGGAUGCCACAAUUGUUCUCUGUUUGUUUUUCAGAACCACCUCCACUCACAGGGGCCUGGAAAGACUCUCACAUGAUGAGGGCUAAGAAGCACCAGGUCAGUGAUUGGUAGACAAUUGAUUUUCAACCCUGUCUGAAUUUAACUACGUUGCCCCCUUGAACUCUGGUCAUACCGGCUCUCUUAUCUAGUGGAGUGAAUUGAGAAGUGAUUUAUCAUACUUCCCUUCAUAUGCUGUCGGUCGAAUUUUAUUCCAUCCUUAAUGACGACAUUGCUAGUUUAUAUGGUUAACAUAUAACUACUUAAUGACAAUGUUCGAAACCCAAUACUCUUGCAAGCAGACGAUGGCGGAACUAAUAUGAUGAAGUAGUAUGAAAAAUUUGUUGUAUGGUUAAGCAUUCAAACCAACAUUGUUUCUAAACGUUAUUCCUAAAUCAAAAAAACACGGCACAAACUUUACCAGAACCUCUGUAGUAGCCUGUGUAUAUAGUAGGUCAAUGUAUCCCCUUUCAGUCAGCUCUUUUAAGAGUGAAAUUUUGUUAGCUUUGAACCUGGUAACCUUCGAAAAAUGUGCUUUUUUUACUUGCUAUUCACGGUCAAAUUGUGUUUCGAAAAUAACCAAAAUUUAUUUUUUUUUCUCACAGGCUCAAACUUUCACUCCUCCUGCACCGAUUACUGCUCCGCUGUUCGGCGCGGGAGAACCACAGCAGCCACAGCAGACCCAACAGCAGCAGCCUUCUUCCAUUGGUAAGAUAAUUUACUAAGAGUAUUGUGAAUGGUGGGAUCCUUGCGGGCGCAGAGAAAGAAAACAACUGUCCCUGCACGUUUUAUAACUCUGCUUUUCCAAGGAAAUUGUCGCGGCUUUAAGAAAAGUUUCGCGCUUUACUGCCAUAAUAGGUUGAGCCCCUUUUACUUCUCGUUUUAGUCGUGAAUUUAUUGAACGUAUUUUGCACACUUUCACCCCUUCCCAUCCCCCCGCCCGCGCCCUUCCCAAAAAAUAAAUAAAUUAAAGAGUCAAAAGGGGAGAGUUUUCAGGUUUGAAGUGUGCUAAGCCAAGUCAAUCUGGAUUGUUACCGGAUGGUAUCUCUUUUGAUGUGCAUUUCUCCUCCAAGGAUAUAUUUCAUUCUCUCUUCCAGGAAUGCCACAAGGUGUCCCCCCGGCAACUGGUGCACCUCCUAUGAUGCCUCCGGGGGGUGGUCCUCCAGGGGCGCCUCCAAGUUAUGGAGAUGUGUCCCCUCAACAACGUCCUCAGGUAUAUGAUGAUGGCAGUCCACCGCCAUCUCCUCAUCACCCCCCCAUGCCACACCCAUUACAUAUCAUACCUGCUCAGGUAAAGCACGUAAAAGCACGCUUUUAAUGCCAUAAAUGCUCAAAACAUGAAACGCACACCCUUAACGUCUUCAGUGCACGCAAUAAGUGCAAGCGUAAUUUUCUUAGAGUAUGGCAAGCUCGACCGCACCUAAGGGAGAAAUUGCACAAACGUGUCAGAAAAUUUUUCUUCUGUUGUUGAUGACAAGAAAACGAUUAAAGUGUUUCGCAGGUUGAUCUAAAUAACAAAGAGAACCUUUUCAUGACACGUAACAAUCAAAGGUGACACAUAAGCUUAGUUCUAAAAUUGUCGUUCUCUAAAUAUUAAAUUUUCCAGUUAAGAUUAGAGAUGAAAAUAAUCCACUCUAUAUAACAAGUCGGAAAUGUUUUUUUUGUUCAAGUAGUGAUAAUCAAACGAAAGAAAGGUGGAUCGUUAAGUUCAAGUGUGUGAAUUUAAUUGCACACGUUUCAACAUAUAUGCUCGCCCACAUGACAAUAAAUUUUGCAAGCUCCCCGUGUCAUGUUUAUUUCACGUAAAAUUGUCUUUAAAUUAACACACCAUUGUUCUUCUAUAAGCAUCUUAUUUCUCUUGCUUUUAAAUAAUUGUAAAUUAUAACUUUUGUACAAUAAUUUAAAACAAACAUUUAAAUUUUGCACCUCUUUUCAUUCGCACUUCAUUUACAUCACGCAACGCCAUUUACGUUCUAGUUGCAACAAAAUGUUUUAUGAGAGGAAAAUUAUUUUGCCUUGGUAAAAAUCUUUGCAUUAGGGUGUAAUUGCUUUUCAACAAAUGUGGGGUAACAAAUGUGGGUGUGGAUUCUAAUAUGCUCAUGGUUCAUGGCAAGAGUUUAAUCUUGAAACACAAAGCUCCAGCCCUUCCUUUUCCGUGUGUUUGUUGUGUCGAAAAGGCUGCAGGGCGUAAAAAAGAUUAUUUUACAUGUCUCAAGUGUCUGUUUGCAGACCUGACAUCAUCAUAAUUUAUGAUAGAAAGGGUUCCCUGCGGUGCCCAGCAACAUAUCACGUCCAGUCAUGUGAGCGAAUGAACAGAUCCUGUGACAAUAAUGCGAGCGGAUAUCACGUGAUGUUUAAGGUGGAACCUAAUUUUGAUAAAUGCAGUGCUAUGUAGAGUGUGAUUUACAUGAAGGCUGGUUUUAUUUAGGAACCUCCUGCUCCUGUUAUGAAGGGUCCCAUUCCUUCUGAACACCUGAUACUACAGGAAACUUUCAGUGGACUGGCUGAGAGAUGCAAAGGCACAGCUAAUAAUCAGGUAAGUUACCUUAGCUACCUAGUCAGUUAGUAAGAGGCUCAUCACUGCGGGAGUUAUCGACCCAGUGAUGAGCUGUGUGCAAACCGGAUGGUUUCUGAAGGGCUAGGUGUUAUCCUUUUGUGAGACCUUCGCAGAUCUCUCGCCCGCGGACCACUGAGCUGAUAUAGUUUGCAGAUAACGUCUAUAUAUGAAAGAAUUGAGUACCCAAAACUUGAUAAGUGGGUAAAAGAAAUAGAGUGUGGACGACCAUAUAGAACCGUUUUUGCAAAGUUAAGAGAAAGGCUAAAUAAACAACACUAAGAUAUUCACCUAUCAAUUUAUGACAUCCCCAGCACGCCUUAACCCAGCCUGAAACCAAACAUUUUGUGUAAGAAACAUACUUUAUUAUUCUAUAAUAAAGCGCAUUAGAUCAUAUACUUGUAAUGAAUUUUGCGCUUUAUAAGUAUUAAAUUUAUAAAUUCAUUUAUCAUGUUAUUUUGAAAUUUAUUAUGCCUCCUUUGUCUGCAGCAUACAAAGCGCAAACUAGAUGAUGUAUCCAAGCGAUUGGAAGCUCUUUACGAUAAACUAAGAGAGCAAAAGGUAAGGAAAUAUACCCGCUUGAUGUAUUUACCUUCUUUUGAAGUGGCGGGGAAAGGGGGGGGGGGGGGGGGGGUAGAGAGAUUUGUAGCCGUAAUUAGAACUGACGAACUUUUUAGGAUCCUUUUUUCCCCUUACUCGGGAAGUUGAUAGUCCAUAGAUGUUGCCUUGCUACUGGAUGGGCAAGAGAGGUUUUUUCCUGCUGGUCAGCAUCAGGGUCAAGAAACAUAAAAAGAUCAGAUGGGCUGCGUCCAAUCACAUUUAAGCUAUCUAACUUUAUAAAAUAAGUGAGAACUACGAGUGCCCUGAUUGAUUGAAAGUCUAUCGUUUAUUACACUGGUUAACCCACACAAAAUUGAAGUUUAUUUUACAAAAGCAGUAGAUUGCACUUUUUUUCUAUCGGCCUACCAGCGUGUUAACCCACUUGAGAUGCUGAGGGAACACGCGAAAACUUGGUAAAUCACGAGCCGGAAGUGAGUGAUUUACAAACUCUACUCGUGUUCUCCCAACAUCCAACGUGGAUAAUUACGCCGAUAAACCGAUUUAAAGUGCGGUCUAUUGCUUGCUUGCUAUCUUAGUUCGUAAAUUCUCAGUGAGGUUUUUUUGUUUCGUUGUAGAUGUCAAAUCCAAUCCUUGAGGGUCUACAUGAAAUAGCCCAGGGUGAGUACCACAAGAGUAUGCUGUUAGAUUAUGUCUAAGAUCAGAGGAAACUGCUGAGUUAAAGCAAUGGAGCAACCCUAAGAUCCUUUGCUUGCUUUGAUGAUGAGUUUCUGGUUCCUUGUUUGUUUGUCAAUCUUUGGGAAAGUCCUUGUCUACUAAUAAAGUCAGAGAGGAAAGAGAGAGAAAGAGUGAAAGCCAUUUUGUUUGAAACUAAUUUACUCGUGAAUAAGGCAGUCAAAAACCUUCAGCUAUUAUUAAGAAAAAGGAGAAGAAGAUAGUCAGAAAAGAUUCUUCAACAAGGGUUCCAUCUGCUAGCGUCAAAGUGGAUUGCACGGGAAAAUCAGGUUGUUUUAUGAUUGUAAAAUAAAUGCAUUAAAUUUCUCAACGGGGGGGGGGGUUGGUGAGGGUAAGGGGCUGUGACAUGCUCAAUAGGGUACACCCCCAUCCAUGUGGGUAAUUAUUGUAGCAUUGUGGCAUAAGUGUUUCGUUCAGUAGCAUGAUUGGUGGUUGGUUAUCAGUGAACUUCUCACAUUCAACGUAAGCCUUUGUUUUUGUAUUUUCAGCGUGUCAAGGAGGGGACUACCCCCGUGGUCUGAUGGCACAUACAAGGCUCAUAUCCAGCGGUAGUUUUUCGGAGAUCAGCACGUUUAUGCCUGGGCUCAAGUCUCUAAUGCAAAUAGCCACACAAUUACGUGUUUAAUGAUGUCUGCUGUUUAGAGAGAUUAGAGCCUUUUCCACUUGAAAUAAUUUUAAAGAAGAGUCAGCACGUGACCCUUACCCUAAUUACGGUGUGGUGUGGACGUUGUGUCCUCAUACCGGAAUAACCUCGAAAUUACUCCUCAUUUUGUACGCCCUGGUUGCGGGGCUUUUGAUUGAUAAGAUUUGAACUUCAGCAAGAAGGACGGGAGGUUGUUCUGAGUGAGGAUCCGUUGUGAUCCGUCGCCUAUUCGAAUUCACUAAUGGUGGGUAUCAGAAAAAGAGAGAUUCCAAAAAAUGUCGCCAAGUUUAUUUUUCCCGCUGAUCAAAGGAACAGGGAACUAGACAAAGAUACGAAUAGAAGAUUACAAAUUUCAAAAUAAGUUAUGAAUGUAAUUUUUUCACUUUUUCCAGAAAGGAAACAGAGAUAAUAAGGCCGUGCAACCCUUUAGAUUUUAGGUCUGUUUCUUUGUUUUUCUCGUGGAGAAAACUUUCAAAUCGAAGGAAACUUGCGAAGGUGAUCAUGGUCACACUUUAAUUUUGGAAAUUUGGAAAGUACCCUUUUUCCAAACAGUCUUCGAUUCAAAGCCAGUUAAAAGGGAAAGAUUGCAAUGUUCUGUGAUGAUUUUGCUACUAAAAAUAUGCGUUAACCAGUAUAAUUUUACAGUUCUUCUCAAUUACAGAUCGUGUUUAACUGGAAUGUUGUGCCUUUUCAUGUUGUUUGUUUACAGCUGCUCUUGCUUAGGGGUUUUUGUACGUGUUUUUAAAGAGGAAGGGAGGGGAGGGGACUGCAAUGCUAAAGCAUCAUUGUAACUAAAAGCUUGCCAGGAAGAUUUCA